GGAGCCUCCGGGGGGAGUUGGGCCGCUUAGUGCAGGUCCAUAUUGAGGGGCAUUGAUGUGCUCUGAGCAGUGAGAGCCGCCGCAGCACGGCGACAUGGAGCUGUCUGCAAUUGAGGACUGCGGCUCUGGGGCUAAGUUUCUGCCAAAAUGGAGCUGAGCGAUGCCAAUUUACAGACCUUAACUGAGUACCUAAAGAAAACACUGGAUCCAGAUCCUGCAAUAAGGCGUCCUGCGGAAAAGUUUCUGGAGACAGUUGAAGGAAGCCAGAAUUACCCAUUGCUGCUCUUAACACUGCUGGAAAAAUCACAGGAAAACGUCAUCAAAGUCUGCGCGUCCGUAACAUUCAAGAAUUACAUCAAAAGGAACUGGAGAAUUGUGGAAGAUGAACCGAACAAAAUAUUUGAAUCAGACAGGAUAGCCAUUAAAGCCAACAUAGUGCCCUUGAUGCUUAGCAGCCCGGAACAAAUUCAAAAGCAGUUGAGUGAUGCCAUCAGUAUUAUUGGUCGGGAAGACUUCCCUCAGAAGUGGCCAGACUUGCUGACAGAAAUGGUGAACCGCUUUCAAAGUGGAGACUUCCAUGUCAUUAAUGGCGUCCUUCGUACUGCUCACUCUUUGUUUAAAAGGUACCGCCAUGAAUUUAAGUCAAACGAAUUAUGGACAGAGAUCAAACUUGUCCUUGAUGCCUUCGCAUUGCCCUUGACAAACCUCUUUAAGGCAACUAUUGACCUUUGCAGCACGCAUGCAAACGAUGCCAGUGCUUUGAAGGUUCUCUUUUCUUCUCUCAUUCUAAUUGCGAAGCUGUUCUACAGUUUAAAUUUUCAGGAUUUGCCUGAGUUUUUUGAAGAUAACAUGGAAACGUGGAUGACAAAUUUUCAUAGUCUUUUAACUUUAGAUAAUAAACUUCUGCAGACUGAUGAUGAAGAAGAAGCUGGUUUACUGGAGCUCUUGAAAUCUCAAAUUUGUGAUAAUGCUGCUUUAUAUGCUCAAAAAUACGAUGAAGAAUUUCAGCCCUACUUGCCACGUUUUGUGACAGCAAUCUGGAAUCUGUUAGUCACAACAGGUCAGGAAGUGAAAUAUGAUUUGUUGGUCAGUAAUGCAAUCCAGUUUCUGGCCUCGGUUUGUGAAAGACCACAUUACAAGCACCUGUUUGAAGACCAGAAUACGUUGACAAGCAUCUGUGAAAAAGUUAUCGUUCCCAAUAUGGAAUUUAGAGCUGCUGAUGAAGAAGCAUUUGAAGAUAAUUCUGAAGAAUAUAUAAGAAGGGAUUUGGAAGGAUCUGGAAUGUUUACAGGUGUAUUGCAGAAACGUACUGUUCUGUUCCAGCAGCCAGCAGCUAAGCACCACACAACAGCUUGCUCAGUCCCCACCCUGCUGAAGUGGAAUAGGGGGGAGUGUAGGAGGAGCAUGAGGGAGAAGACUCAUAUUGACACAAGGCGCAGAGCAGCUUGUGAUCUAGUCAGAGGCCUGUGCAAGUUCUUUGAAGGGCCAGUGACAGGAAUUUUUUCUGGAUACGUUAAUUCCAUGCUUCAGGAAUAUGCAAAGAAUCCAUCUGUUAACUGGAAGCACAAAGAUGCAGCUAUAUACCUUGUUACAUCGUUGGCAUCCAAGGCUCAGACGCAGAAGCAUGGAAUAACACAAGCCAAUGAACUUGUUAAUCUGACGGAAUUCUUUGUGAAUCACAUUCAGCCUGACUUAAAGUCAGCCAGUGUGAAUGAAUUUCCAGUGCUAAAAGCUGAUGGUAUCAAAUAUAUCAUGAUUUUUAGAAACCAAGUACCUAAAGAGCAACUGUUGUUAUCUAUUCCUCUUUUAAUCAAUCAUCUGCAAGCAGAAAGUAUUGUGGUCCAUACUUAUGCAGCACAUGCUCUUGAAAGGCUGUUUACCAUGAGAGGGACGAACAAUACUACACUCAUCACAGCUGCAGAAAUGGCACCAUUUGUGGAAGUGCUGUUAACAAACCUUUUCAAAGCGUUAACGCUUCCUGGCUCAUCAGAAAAUGAAUACAUAAUGAAAGCAAUCAUGAGGAGUUUUUCUCUGCUGCAGGAAUCCAUAAUUCCAUACAUCCCUUCUGUCAUCACACAGCUUACACAGAAGCUACUGGCUGUCAGUAAGAAUCCAAGCAAACCUCACUUUAACCAUUACAUGUUCGAAUCAAUAUGCUUGUCGAUAAGGAUAACAUGCAAAGCAAACCCUGAUGCUGUUGGAAGCUUUGAGGAGGCUUUGUUCAUGGUGUUCACUGAGAUAUUACAGAAUGAUGUGCAAGAGUUCAUUCCAUAUGUGUUCCAAGUGAUGUCCCUACUUCUGGAAAUGCACAAAAACGAAAUCCCAUCAUCGUAUAUGGCAUUGUUUCCUCAUCUACUUCAGCCAGUGUUGUGGGAAAGGACAGGAAAUAUUCCUCCUCUGGUCCGACUCCUGCAGGCUUAUUUAGAGCGAGGUGCCAACACAAUAGCAAGUGCUGCUGCUGACAAAAUUCCUGGGCUGUUAGGUGUGUUCCAGAAGUUGAUUGCCUCUAAAGCUAAUGACCAUCAAGGAUUCUAUCUUCUAAACAGUAUCAUAGAACAUAUGCCCCCUGAAUCAGUUGACCAAUACAGGAAACAGAUCUUCAUUCUGCUGUUUCAAAGACUCCAAAAUUCCAAAACAACAAAAUUUAUUAAAAGCUUCCUAGUCUUCAUUAACUUGUACUGUGUAAAAUAUGGAGCAUUAGCUCUUCAAGAAAUAUUUGACGGCAUACAGCCAAAGAUGUUUGGAAUGGUUCUGGAAAAAAUCAUAAUUCCUGAAAUACAGAAAGUGUCCGGACAAGUUGAAAAGAAAAUCUGUGCAGUUGGCAUCACAAAAAUAUUAACAGAAUGUCCUCCUAUGAUGGACACUGAGUACACCAAGCUGUGGACUCCUCUGCUGCAGGCGCUCAUCGGCCUCUUUGAGCUGCCUGAGGAUGACACUAUCCCUGAUGAGGAACACUUCAUUGACAUAGAAGAUACUCCAGGAUAUCAGACUGCAUUCUCUCAGCUGGCCUUUGCUGGAAAGAAGGAACAUGAUCCUGUAGGUCAGAUGGUGAACAAUCCUAGAAUUCAUCUGGCACAGUCUCUUCACAAACUGUCUACUGCAUGUCCAGGCAGGGUUCCAUCAAUGCUGAGUACUAGUCUGAAUGCAGAAGCGUUGCAGUAUCUCCAAGGAUACCUCCAAGCUGCAAGUGUGUCGCUGCUCUGAGCUGCGUGUGUUUCACAAGCAAGAUCAAAAGCUGUUUUGUUACACAGGAAGUUGACAGUGACUUUUUUUUAUAGCAGCGCUCAGACAAAAUGAAAAAUGCUACUUUGAAAAUGUAUUGCAGAAUCCAUCUUGUAAAAGGUAAACGUGGCUUUAAGCAGAAAGUGAGAGAAUUCGGUCGUGUGCUUAAUCAUAGAUAAAAGGUGGUUAACUUCCAUUCCCAGUUUAAUUUCAAAGGGAAUUUUCACAGCGGUUUGUUACGGGGUUUGUCUGCAAUCUGCAUCUGCAGCACUUGGGUAACAGUUUGACAUGAGUGGAGGGCACUGGCUGUAGGAACUCAUUUUGGUCACUAAAAUUCCUUUUUAUUUUGAUGUUGUCCUUUGUAAUUCUUUUGUCUUUCCUUAAACUUUAUCUAAAUUGUGAAUAAAUAAGAAGUACUUGUUUAAAAUGCC